GGUGGAGAUAUGAUUGGAUAAGAGAAACCCAAUAAAAACAUUAUCUUUUCUUCUUCAUUCAAACAAUUAUUUGGUUGGCUCCAUGGCUCUCCAAGCACCCUCCUCUAUUCUUCCUUCUUCUAUCCACAAACAGGUUAAGUACAAUGCUUCUCUCAAGGAGACGGGUUUUUUCGGAGUUUCAUUUUCACUUCCGAAUCACCUCAAGCAACUGAGAAGAUGUAGUGCGUUGUCCACCGGAACUAUCCGAGCACAGACUGCUACCACAUCUCCAGCAAUUAACGAGUCGGUACCAGAAACAAAGAAAACGUUGAGAAAGGGUAAUGUUAUUAUUACGGGAGCAUCUUCCGGUUUGGGGCUGGCUACAGCCAAGGCUUUGGCAGAGACGGGGCAAUGGAAUGUGAUUAUGGCUUGUAGAAAUUUCUUGAAAGCUGAGAGGGCAGCUAAGUCAAUUGGCAUUCCUAAAGAAAACUACACUGUUAUGCAUCUUGAUCUUGCGUCCCUUGAGAGCGUCCGCCAAUUUGUAGAUAGCUUCCGUCGGUCAGGCAUGCCGUGUGAUGUGGUGGUGUGCAAUGCUGCUAUCUAUCUACCCACAGCGAAGGAGCCUACUUUCACAGCUGAAGGUUUUGAACUGAGUGUUGGGACUAACCAUCUUGGUCACUUUCUACUGGCACGCCUUCUGCUCGAGGAUUUGAAGAAAUCUGACCACCCAUCCAAAAGGCUCAUCAUCGUUGGCUCCAUAACAGGAAACGACAACACAUUGGCAGGGAAUGUACCCCCAAAGGCAAACCUUGGAGAUCUAAGAGGUCUCGUGGGUGGCCUAAAUGGACUGAACAGCUCAUCAAUGAUAGAUGGUGGAGAUUUUGAUGGUGCAAAAGCCUACAAAGACAGCAAAGUAUGCAACAUGCUGACAAUGCAAGAAUUCCACAGGCGGUACCAUGAAGAGACGGGAAUUACCUUUGCUUCUCUCUACCCUGGUUGUAUUGCUGAAACAGGCUUGUUCAGAGAGCACAUCCCCUUGUUCAGGCUUCUAUUUCCACCAUUCCAAAAGUAUAUAACCAAAGGAUACGUUUCAGAAGAAGUAGCCGGUAAAAGACUAGCGCAGGUUGUGAUUGAUCCAACUCUUGCAAAAUCAGGUGUUUACUGGAGCUGGAAUCAGUACUCGUCUUCUUUUGAAAACCAGCUGUCGAAAGAAGCCAGUAAUACAGAGAAAGCUCAAAAGCUAUGGGAGAUAAGUGAGAAGCUAGUAGGAUUGGAUAGCUAGGCACUGCAAGAUAAUUGCACAAUCUAAAAAUGCACCAAGAGGAACUAUGAACAUCUGGUCCAAAAAGGGUUUUCUAUAUCAUGUUUCGUGUUCUUGUAAAUGCAGAUAUUAUUUAGAUCUACACUAGAAAUAGUCUGCAUACAAAAUAACACUUUAAUUUUUGCAAAUGCCAUGUGUUUCCCAAUGACGAGGGUCUUAGUAGUCAAAUCAGUUUUAGCAAA